CUUCCGGUCCCGCCCGCUCGGGCGCCCCGCCCACUUCCGGGCCCCGCCCCGCUCUAGUGCCCGCCCACUUCCGGUUUCCCUCACACAGCUCACUUUGCUCUGAGGGCUGAGGAGCUGCUGGUGGGGCCGGGGAGCGUCUCUUUCCUCCUCCCUCAUCGUCCCCCUCUCCCUUUCGGUCCGCGGCGGGCGCCAUGAUCGAGGUCGUCUGCAACGAUAGGCUGGGCAAGAAGGUCCGAGUGAAGUGCAAUACGGACGACACAGUCGGCGACCUGAAGAAGCUGAUUGCGGCCCAGACUGGCACCCGCUCCGACAAGAUCGUCCUCAAGAAAUGGUAUACUAUCUUUAAGAAUCACGUUUCUCUGGGAGAUUAUGAAAUACAUGAUGGCAUGAAUUUAGAGCUGUAUUAUCAGUAGGGCCAUUUCCAAUGUCCCCCUGUUCUCCGUCCCCCCCCCCGCCAAUCUUUGUUGGGCUAAUAAAGGGAAGAAUGUCUC